UUUCCGGAACCAAGACAAUGCCAAGCCCUUAGUUAGCCACAGUGUGCCAUCUGCUUCUGCAACGAUGAAAUUGCGGACAAUCUGUCUCAGUUAAUACUCCCGUAAACACCAUCACCGUGAGCAGUAGCAUUGCCCAUAAUGAAUUGUCCAUCGCGCACUGAUGAUACGCUCUUGCAUGACGAGUGGAAUCAGAACCCGCCGUUUCUGGCACCGGAUCUGACUACUCGCCAAGACUUGAAUGGCAUCUCCAACGCCCGUGAGAAUAAGGAGGGAGAGGGGAAUGGUAGCGAUUCCGGACAAUCGUUGGCCUGCCUCAGUGAGAAAGGGAGAGUGAAUUCACUGCCGAUUGAUCCAGAGAAGAAGAUACGGUGGGAUAAUGGGGCGUCACUGACCAUAAAGUCAGGACGUCCCAUUGACCCAUUGACCAGCUUUAAUGCUGGUCAGCAGAGUGGUCGUGGUCAAAACAAUUCUCAAUCUUUUCUUCAGACAUUCAAGAGCUGGGCCUCAUGGCUUCUGUCCGUUCUGUUCACGUCAGCAUUGAUUUCUCAUGGUAGUAUUGGGCGAUAUUGGCAGGGGUCAGAGGUUUCCCCCAUCUCCUCACCAGGUCAAGGGUUCGAACCAAUGGAAAGAGAUAUUCCUUUCGAGAAACGAGGCACGUGUGCGCAAGGUGGUGUUAGGGGUAGCGACUACAACCUUCCGUUGCAUGUUGGCGGGCUGUUCAUCGUUUUAACAGUUUCAACACUGGCCUGCGCCUUCCCGGUCCUGGCCAUCUGGUUUCCGCGUCUCCGCAUCCCGUCGUCAUGUCUCUUCUUCGUCAGUCAUUUCGGUACCGGUGUCCUGAUCGCCACUGCUUUUGUGCACUUGCUCCCCACUGCGUUCCAGUCACUCAAUGACCCAUGUCUGUCGAAAUUUUGGACCACGGAUUACCCCGAAAUGCCAGGAGCCAUUGCCCUCGCGGGUGUGUUCCUAGUGACCGUGAUCGAGAUGGUCUUUAGUCCCGCCAGACAUUGCUGUCGUGGAGGAACGAGCCUGUCAGACCCGCCACCUUAUCUUGCUCGACGUGCUGAAAAGGAAACUUCCAUAGAAAAAGCCCACGUAGUUGACUCGACUGUUCGCAACGACAGAGAACGACCGGCUGGCUUAGAGCCGCUUCCUCACCUGCGUGAUAUGGGCCCUUUGAUCGGUCGGUCUUCCAGCAUCAGCCGAGCUAUCAACCAAAUGGGUGAAGACCCAGAACGUAUCUGUCGCAUUUCCUCCGCUCCUGAGGUUCCUCAAUAUCGGCAAGAACCGAGGAUCGAACCGGUCCAGGAAGAUGUGGAGCGCAGCGACGAUGGUCAUGUCAUGACUCCGGAGCAAAAGCAUCGUAAGGAAGUCAUGCAGGUCGUCUUACUGGAGAUGGGUAUCCUGUUUCACAGUGUUUUUAUCGGCAUGUCACUCAGUGUAUCGGUCGGCAGCGAGUUUGUGAUUCUAUUGAUUGCCAUCGUCUUUCACCAAACAUUCGAAGGUCUUGCUCUCGGUUCUCGUAUCGCUGCUCUGGACUGGCCCGAGAAAGCCUUACAACCCUGGCUCAUGUCUCUGGCAUAUGGAUGCACAACCCCAAUCGGUCAGGCCAUUGGGCUUGCAACCCAUACCCUCUACAGCCCUGACUCAGAGGUUGGCCUUCUCCUUGUCGGUGUCAUGAACGCUAUCUCCGCUGGACUUCUUAUCUUCGCCUCACUGGUGGAAUUGAUGUCUGAGGACUUCCUCAGCGAUGAGAGCUGGCGUGUGCUUCGUGGCAAGAAGAGAGUGUAUGCUUGCAUUAUUCUCUUCCUGGGUGCCUUCUGCAUGAGCUUGGUGGGCGCGUGGGCCUAGUGGAAUUGCCAGUCGUAAUUCGGGCGAAUUUCGCUGAGGGAGGGUGUUGCCUGUCAGGAACCAGAUAUACGUACUUUCUUAUGCACAAUCUUGAAUUGUGUAUGUGGGUUGUCAGGGUGGUCGUUUAAGGGUAUAUGUAGUGCAAAGUACUAGUAGUUGUGGUGGAGACUUCAGAUAGACUGCAAUGAGAUUAAGUAGAUGAAAGCGUGAGCCUCCCUGCCUUUCAUUGGUUGAUAUGAACCCCACACACAGUUCCGGAAUUACGGAUUAAAUCACGUGGAGUAAAUCCGAUCUCUUUCGUCUUGUCCAUAAUGAUUCAGUCAAUUGUAAUAUUAGCAACAGCUGUGAGCUAACCAAAC